CGGGAGCUAGAGUCCAAUGGGAAGUUAUGUGUGAGUGAAGGGGGGAGGAGGAGGAGGAGGAGGAGGAGAAGAGGGGAGGUUCGGUUGUUCGUGCUAUGUUUAGAUUCUCUAUGUGGGCGGCCGUUAGAUGUCACGUGGAUGGGCAAAGAUGGCGGUCUCUACGGAAGGUGAAAUGGGUGCAGACUUGGAGGCCUCGCUGCUGAGUUUUGAGAAGUUGGACCGAGCUUCACCAGACCUCUGGCCAGAGCAAUUACCAGGUGUUGCAGAAUUUGCUGCUUCUUUUAAAAGUCCCAUCACCAGUUCUCCUCCCAAGUGGAUGGCUGAGUUAGAAAAUGAUGACAUCGAUAUGUUGAAGGAGCUGGGGAGUCUCACAACGGCUAAUCUAAUGGAGAAGGUCAGAGGUCUGCAGAAUCUGGCAUAUCAAUUGGGGCUUGAUGAAUCUAGAGAAAUGACCAGAGGGAAAUUCCUGAACAUCCUGGAAAAACCAAAGAAGUAGCUGAAAGUGGAGCAUGUACAGAAAUACACCUGACUAAUGGGAAACUACAGAAUUCUACAUAUGCUGAAAUGGAAAGGCAACUGGCUGCCUUUAGCUUACAAAAACACUCCCUUGUCUGUUGGCCCUUUUUGUGAUGAGAAGCACUAAUCUGGGCAAAGGCUGACACCAGAUCCUUCAAUGGGGCUAUUUUACCCCCUGUCCUUUAUCUGCUCCUGAAAAUUCUGCCAAAAUAAGCUGAUUUUUUUUUACACAAUUUCAUCGGAGUAAUGGUCUCAUGGAUCCGCAAUACCUUAUAUUUAAAGUAAGAUUCUUUAAUGGUAUCACUGUGUGCCUCUGGGUCAUCUAUACAUGGCUCUUUUGUGUGCUCCUUUCUCUUCUCUUUUUAGGAUGAGAUCAUCUUUUGUGUAACUGCUAUGCUGAAAGAACUAAUUGAUUGCCUAAUUAUAAACAAUAUAAAAUUAUAUAUUUAUAUAUAAAUUAUUAAAAAAAACAGAUUGUAUUAGCUAA